AGUCUCUAGACACUACAACACAAAACACCACCGUCUGUUUACAGUCUCUCUAGAAGCAGCCGGUGGACGACACCAUUUUACAGCCAUUAUUGUUUGUUUCGAUCCUCUGUAUUUCUUCUGAGCCCGAGACUAAGUGAGAUCACGUCACAUUUAACGGCAGAGAUGUUCAUUUUUGUUUGAAUUUUGAGGAUAACUCUCAACACCUGCCUUUGUUAGCAAGUUAGCCUCGCGUGAUUUUAAUGGCUCUUCAUCCUUAAUUCUCUCUCUCUGUUACAUUCUGGUUUGUUUUAUUUUCUUUGACCAUUUAUUCAGUCAAACAGCAGUUGUAGCUAAACCCGUGCUAACGGAGCAGCUCUUUGUUCGUGCCUCGGAAAAAACACACCAGCACCGCCUUGCAGUGAUGAUGAGGAUGAUGAUGGUGAUGAAGAGGAGACAGAGCUGAGAGCUGAGUGUGUGUGGUUGUGUUGUGCUCACACUGGGAGUGGGAAGAACCCCUUCCCCCACACACACUGCAUCCAUGUUCUCCCCCGACCAGGAAAACAUCUCCACAUCGUCAACCAAAGUGCCAGUCAAAUAUGGAGAACUCAUUGUGCUUGGGUACAAUGGCUCUCUACCCAACGGGGACCGUGGCAGAAGGAAGAGCAGGUUUGCACUCUUUAAAAGACCCAAAUCCAAUGGCGUUAAACCCAGCACUGUACACGUAGCCUGCACCCCACAGGCUGCCAAGGCCAUAAGUAACAAGGAUCAGCACAGUAUUUCCUACACGUUGUCCCGUGUACAGACAGUGGUGGUGGAGUACACUCAAGACAGCAAUACAGACAUGUUUCAGAUCGGCCGUUCAACUGAGAGUCCUAUAGAUUUUGUGGUAACUGACACGGUUCCCGGUAGUCAGAGCAACUCUGACACUCAGUCGGUUCAGAGCACCAUAUCUCGCUUCGCAUGCCGGAUCAUGUGUCAGCGAACGCCCCCUUAUACCGCCCGCAUCUACGCUGCCGGAUUCGACUCCUCCAAGAACAUCUUUCUAGGGGAGAAAGCAGCAAAGUGGAAGACAUCGGAUGGACAGAUGGAUGGUCUGACUACUAAUGGCGUGUUGGUAAUGCAUCCCCGCCUUGGUUUCACAGAGGACUCCAAACCUGGUGUGUGGAGAGAGAUUUCAGUGUGCGGAAAUGUGUUUACCCUGAGAGAGACACGCUCUGCUCAGCAGCGAGGGAAAAUGGUGGAGAAUGAGACUCAAGAGUUAGUGGACGGUUCUCUGAUCGAUCUCUGCGGAGCGACUCUCUUGUGGCGUACCGCUGAAGGGCUUUCCCGCACACCCACCGUCAAACAUCUGGAGGCUCUCCGACAAGAGCUGAACGCCGCCCGUCCCCAGUGCCCCGUGGGUUUCAACACCCUCGCCUUCCCCAGCAUGCGGCGGAAGGAUAUCGUGGACGAGAAGCAACCCUGGGUCUACCUAAACUGCGGUCAUGUUCACGGCUACCACAACUGGGGCAACCGCGACGCAGAGCGAGACGGCAGGGAGGGCCGUGAGCGGGAAUGUCCCAUGUGCCGCGCUCGUGGGCCGUACGUGCCGCUGUGGCUGGGCUGCGAGGCAGGGUUUUAUCUGGAUGCGGCCCCUCCUACUCACGCAUUCAGUCCCUGCGGCCAUGUGUGCUCAGAAAAAACAGCAGCAUAUUGGAGUCAAAUCCCUCUUCCUCACGGAACGCACACCUUCCACGCCGCCUGUCCUUUCUGUGCCCAGCAGCUUAGCGGCGAGCAGGGAUACAUUAGACUGAUCUUCCAGGGGCCUGUGGACUAAACACACCUCCCUAUGUCCUUUUACCCCCCAGGAACCCCAUUUGACAAACAAUAGUCAGGCAUUUCUUUGUUUUUCCUAGAAUUUAAUUUUAUAAAGAUGACAUUUUCUGCGCUCUCAGACUGUUUUUUUUCCCCUUACUUUCUGGUUUGUAAGUGACCUUUAUACUGCUUUUUCAAAUACAGAGAAAAACAAAAAUAUAUAUUUUCAAAUAAAAUGAUUAUAAAAGCAAAAAAAGUAAAAAAAAAAUAAAUAAAAAAAGACAAUUUAAAAAAAGGAAUAGACCUAUUCCGAGCAGCAGAGCACAUGCACACCCAGAUUUGAGCGUUCUGAUUGGGUGGCUCUGUUUGUCAUUUGAAGCAGUGGGCGUGGCCGUUACAGAUGGUGACAUGUACAGUGUUUAUUUGCAAUUUAACAGUAAUACUCAGCAUUAGAGUGGCAAUACACCAUCAAUUUAUGUUUAUAAUGAGCUUACAGACGAGUCUGUCUGUACUAAGUUCAUUCAAUAUUUCACAGCGUUUCAAGUGACUACAUUUAGAUUCCAGAUAACAGUUUUCCAUAUGUCUAACUUAAAAAAUACUUAAUGUUUUUUAUUUAUACACUAUCAAUGUUUAUCAAAGAUUCAAAAUUUAUAGGUGUGUUUUUGGGGAGUUAAGUUCUAUGUAGCUGUUUUUGUUUUCUCUUCCAUUCGUAGGCUAAGGUAUAGCAUUCAGAUUGUUCCUCAUUUGUUCUCUGUAUAUGUAGGUUGAGUGAAAUCUUCACUGCUAUAGUGAAUCAUUGAGGUCAUGCUCAGAGAAAUGUUCUUGUUGAACUCCAGAAAACUCAAGAGGCCUAAAAAUCUUCACCUCCCUUUAAGCACAGGCCAAAACCACAUGCCCUGUCAGUGAGUGUUCGCAAAAUUGUGUGCGCUUAAGUGUCUUUUUAAGGUCUCCGUUUUCUGUUUGAGCCUUUUCUGUGGAGAUGACUGCCCUUGUUUGGAUAUUUUGGGGUCGCUGUGAAGUAAUUUCCAUCUGUAGUGCAAAAAGCAGCACUAACCUUUACCUCUAUUAUAGGUCAGUUUUAGUCUCUCUUAAUUUAGUUUAAAAUGGAUAAUUAACAAUAUUUUCAAAAAUAAAUGAGAAAGAAACUUAAAUAGUUUUAAAAUGCCAUUCAAAGUUUGAGGUCUGUGAGAUUUCUUUUAUUUAUUUUUUUAAGACAAAUUAAUACUUUUAUUCAGCAAGGACACAUUAAAUUGUUCAAAGGUGAUAGUAAAGAUCUUUGUUAAAACAGAUCAGAAUCAACACAGCAUAUUUCAUAUAAUACUGUUACCUUCAUUUUUUUUUUUUUUUUUUUUUAUCGAAAAACUAAACGACAACAACAAAAACCAUCUCAGAUUCCACAAAUAUUUUAACACUCAAAAUGCACAAUCUUUCCUGAGCGCUGAAACUGCUUAUUAGAGUGUUUUCUAGAGGCUCGGGUGACGGUAAAAGCUGUUGAAAUGGGAGCUUAGCCAUCACAGAAAUAAACAACAUAUUUUAAAUUACAAUUAUGAAAGUGUAAUCACGUAAGUCAAAAACAUUGUUUUAAAAAUCCCGCGACCUCAAACUUUUGAACAGUAGUGUGUUUUUCUAAAGCCAUAAGACUUGCUUACUUGUGGAAGAUGUUCAAGCUGCUCUUUUCCAUACAAUGUAAAGCUUAAAUUUCUAUUUCCUUUAAAGCUGUUAUAUUACCGUUGUUGCCCAUCCACUUUCGUUCUAUGGAAAAGAGCAACUUUGACAUUCUUCUAAGCAUCUUUUUUUGUUCUGUAAAAGAAAGUUAGUUUGAACGAAACAUUUCUUUCUUAUUUUUCACUUAAUUUUAGGUCCCCUCAAAGAACUUCUAUGUGUAUGUAUAUGUAUAUGAGUAUGCUAAUAUAUUUGAAAUUGUCAUGUCAUUUUUGACUGUUUGAUUUCAUGUACAUGCUGUCGUAUGUACUGUGUGAAUGUUAAAUGUGCUGUACUGUGUUACAUGUAAGAAUCUGGAGAGCAUCGGUUGAGUCUGAAGGUUUGAGAAUCCCAGGACUGUAUGUGAAGUGGAUUCUCUGCCUGAGGAGUCCAAGCCGGACUUCCAGAGAUCAUUCAGUUCCUGCUGUUCUUAACAGCACCCAGACACGGCAUACUGGUGCAGUUUUCACCUCAGGGAGUUUCCUCCAUCCUGACCACCAGGGCAUGUGUUCAUGAAGUAUUUCAAAUCCAGACAGCUGAUCUGGUCUUUGUGUGUGUGUGUGUGUGUGUGUGUGUGUGUGAGAGAGUGUGUGUGUGUGGGGAGAUCUAGACCACACUCUGCUUAAAGUGCUACAAGCGAAUAUGAAGCUUAAUCAAGCCACAGACAUCAUAACCCCCUCACCUGUAAUCCUUUUUUUUUUUUUUUUUUUUUUUUUUUUUAUUUGAGGAUGCUUCAUUAGCAAAAUCCUCUUGUGUGUGUUUUUCCAAGUAUUAAGCAAACACACUAGAUUAGACACAUUUGACUUUUUAAGGGCAUCGCUCGUUUGUCUCUGUAGAGACGGCGUGUGUAAAGGGCUUUUUCAUUUUCUGUUUAUUUGUUUGAGUUCUUUGACUUCUUUUGUCACUUUGGUCUAACUGGUCUGCAUGAUCCGUGUGUGUGUGUGUGUGUGUGUGUGAGAGAGUGUGUUCUGAAAAAUCAGAAUGCAUAAAGGCAAACGCUGAGAAUGUUUCUGAUUUACCAUUUUGUACCAACUUUAAACAAAUAAAAUUUUAAAAAGCA